GACUCGUAAACUACGAGAAAGACCUUGAUUAUAUAUAGAACUGCAACUGGUGCAAGCAAAGUAUGAUUAUCCCAUAGUGCUUUUCACACAAACUAAAUUAACGAGCUUAUAUAGCAUCCCAACUGAACUGAUGUAUCCUUUUGCCUUUGAUUCACCAUCACUUAAGCCAUGACCUCAUUUGAUAGUGGUGGCUUCUGGCAACGUUCCAAAUCCUUUUUGGAUGAUGAAAUCUUGAUAAAGAAGCUCCUACUUAGCCAUGAUCCAGAUGGUCGUCACCUUGAUUCUGAGAUGCUUCUUUGUGCAGUGGAGAACAUCAUGUUUUAUGCUACUACAUCAGAAGUUUCUGACAAACCUGCUGAUGCAAAUUUAAAGAGUCACAUUAGCAACAUUGAACUAAUUGGAUCACAAGAACCACUAGUGCACACCAUCUACAAAAUUGCGCACGAGAUGCUUUGCAAGUGCCCUGGUAAAGGAGAUCUUCAUACAAGAACAAUGGCCUUGUUUGAUUUGCUGGGAAAUUAUGGAUGGGCUGCGAAGGUGGCGUUAGCACUUGCAGGUUUUGCAACAAGCUAUGGUGAAUUUUGCCUCAUAAUGCAGCUACGCCCUCAUAUCUCCUUGGCAGUAUCACUUGCAGAUUUUAAACAACUUCCGAGUAGCAUAAGCAUCUUGAAGCCUCAAGUGAAGGCCUUAAGAUUGCUUGUCAAGACAAUGGUGGAUUUGACAAAGUGCAUCAUCGAGUUUGAAGGUUUGCCAGCAGUACUUGUAGGACCAUAUAUUGAGAACCUAGCUGCUAUGAAGUCAGAGAUCUAUGUUACCGCUUACUGGAUCAUUCGAAGCACCUUGGCGUGCUCUUCUCAAAUCACAAACCUGAAGGCCAUGAAACCUGAGCAAGUGUAUUCCAAUAUAAUAAUUGCGGCAUGGGAGCUUUUAAGUCUGGACUACAGGUUGAGCAGCAUAUACAGUCACCUUAGGCCGCUGGUGGAUGCUUUUCGUCAACAAACAGAAGCAAAGCUGCACCAGAAGCUACUGAACCUUUUCGAGGAGUCCCACAUCGACAACCAAGAGGUGCUUCAGAUGUUAUUUGCUCUAAAGGAUGACCUGCCACUUAAGGAUUGUCCUACACAAGUAAAGUUAGGUGUCUCUGAAUUGAAAAGCAAGGUUGUCCUACUUUUGGUUUCUAAGCCAGAUCUCCUACCAUUAGAGCAGUUGUUUUUUCUAGUUCACCAAACAUACGAUCAUCCUCACAAAAAGGUAGAAGGAAGUUAUGAAAUGAUAUGGGUUCCCAUUUCAUGUUCUGAAACAUGGACUGAUACCGAGGAGAAAUGGUUCAAUUUUCUAUCAAACUCCAUACCAUGUUACUCAGUUCGACAACCAUGGUCUCUAAACUCUGCAGUAAUAAACUUUAUGAAACAAGAAUGGAACUAUGGGGAUGAAGCCAUUAUGGUAGUUUUGGAUUCAGAAGGGAUGACAACAAACUUGAAUGCGCUUGAUAUGGUAUUCAUAUGGGGUUCUGAGGCAUACCCCUUUUCACUUUCAAGAGAAAAUGAGCUUUGGAAAGGGGAGCACUGGACAAUGCAACUUAUCACUAAUGAAAUUCACCCCAUCCUUACUCAAUGGGUUGAAGAAGGGAGAAAUAUUUGCAUUUAUGGAAGUGAAAACUUAGAAUGGAUCAGAGAAUUUAGUGCUAAAACGAAAGACAUAAAGGAUGCAGGUGUGCUGCUUGAGAUGAUAUAUGUUGGUAUGAAUAACCCGAAUGAACAUGUAAAAGACCUUUUAACCACUAUCAAUAUAGAAAUACACAGCACCUUACUCUCUUUCACGAAGGUACAGCUCUUUUGGCUUCGGUUGGAGAGUAUGAGAAGAUCAAAAUUCCGACUAGGACAUACUGCCAGUACUGAUCAUAUUCUAGCAGAGGUGUUACCCUUGCUGUAUAACAAUGAUGACAAUGGCUGGGCAGUAUUUGGAAAUGGAUCAUCAGCAGAUAUGGUAAGGGUUCAAGGUGCUGAAAUCAUUAAAUGCUUAAAUCUGUUUCGACAGUGGGGAGAAAGUGUGGCACAGUUGGAAUUCAUAGGUGCUCUUAGAACUGUCCUUGAACCACCUCUCCUUGGUGGGCCUUGCAAUCACACACAAGUUAUUCCCUAUUCUGAAGGGUUGAUUGAAGGAAGCAUAGUAUGCCAGAAAUGUAAGCGGCUUAUGAAGAAGUUUACUAUCUAUGAAUAAUUGUAACUAAUUAAAUAGGAAAUCUCAACAGAGAUUUUCUGACUGAAAUAGCAUCUGUUGAAGGGACUGAUGAUAAUAGUUUUGAUUUAAUCAG